UCUCUCUGACCUUCAACAUGGUACUCUGUACUCUGUCACUGUCUGCACUGUGCUGGAAAAUGAAAGUCAACUGGUGUCAACAACCCUCACCACAGUACUUCCUGCUCCAGACCAGCUGAAUAUUGAUUGGGUAAGCACCAUGUCGGCUGCUGUGAGCUGGAGCAAGCCACCAGGAUUGGACCAAACCCAGCAUCGUUACCAGAUCUCCUACCACUGUCCAGGGACAGAACCACACAUCAUUACCACAUCUUCACACAGCAUCACUCUCUCUGACCUGCAACCUGCUACUGAAUACUCAGUCACUGUCUGCACUGUGCUGGAAAAUGGAAAGCGAAGUCAACUGGUGUCAACAACCCUCACCACAGUACCUCCUGCUCCAGAUCAGCUGAAUGUUGCCUCUAUGGACACCACAACGGCUGCUGUGAGCUGGAGCCAGCCACCAGGAUUGGACCAAACCCAACAUCAAUACCAGAUCUCCUACCACUGUCCAGGGACAGAACCACACAUCACUACUACAUCUUCACACAGCAUUACUCUCUUUGACCUGAAACCUGCUACUAAUUACUCAGUCACUGUCUGCACUGUGCUGGAAAAUGGAAGGCAAAGUCAACUGUUGUCAACAACCCUCACCACAGUACCUCCUGCUCCAGACCAGCUGAAUGUUAACUCAGUGAAGACCACAUCAGCUGCUGUUAGUUGGAGCCAGCCACCAGGAUUGGACCAAACCCAACAUCAUUACCAGAUCUCCUACCAGUGUCCAGGAACAGAACCACACAUCAUUACUACAUCUUCACACAGCAUCACUCUCUCUGACCUGCAAUGUAGUUCUCAGUACUCUGUCAGUGUCUGCACUGUGCUGGAAAAUGGAAGGCAAAGUCAACCGGUGUCAGCAACCCUCACCACAAUAAUGCCUGCACCAGACCAGAUUAAUGUUGACUCAGUGAAGACCACAUCAGCUGCUGUUAGCUGGAGCCAGCCACCAGGAUUGGACCAAACCCAACAUCAUUACCAGAUCUCCUACCACUCAUGGGAUGUAAAGUACUUCCUGCUCCAGACCAGCUGA